CCCUCUGUCUCAGGCUUCUUCUUCUCCUUGCUGUUGUAGAGUGUUGAAAGAUGAAGGUGGUUUUAGUAGUGGUCUGUCUGGUCAUGAGCUCUCUCGUGAUGAUGGGGGCUCAAGCCGGUGAUUUCUACCAGGACUUCGACCUCACCUGGGGCGGCCAGCGAGCCAAGAUAUCUCAAGGUGGUCAGCUUCUCACCCUCUCUCUCGACAAGUACUCUGGCUCCGGGUUUCAGUCCAAGGACGAGUACCUCUUUGGCCGCAUCGACAUGCAACUCAUGCUCGUCCCGGGCAAUUCCGCUGGCACCGUCACCACCUACUAUUUGUCUUCUCAAGGGCCAACGCACGACGAGAUCGACUUCGAGUUCCUGGGGAAUCUGUCGGGCAACCCAUACAUUGUGCACACCAACGUAUUCACUCAGGGCAAAGGCAACCGCGAGCAGCAGUUUUAUCUCUGGUUCGACCCAACCAAGGCCUUCCACACCUACUCCAUCCUCUGGAACCCUCAACGCAUCCUUUUCUUGGUGGACAAUGUGCCUAUUAGAGAAUUCGACAACAUGGAAUCGAUGGGCGUCCCGUUCCCCAACAAACAGGCCAUGAGGAUUUACUCAAGCCUGUGGAACGCAGACAACUGGGCCACCAUGGACGGGCGCGUCAAGACCGACUGGACUCAAGCUCCUUUCACUGCUUCCUACCGCAACUUCAACGCCAAUGCCUGUCCAUGGACAGCCGGGAAGUCGUCCUGUGCUUCCACGACCACCACCAGCUCGACCACUUCCGGCGGCGACAUGUGGCAGACUCAGGCGCUGGACGCCAACGGAAAGCAGAGGCUCAAGUGGGUGCAGAAGAAGUUCAUGAUCUAUAACUAUUGCACCGACUUGAAGCGCUUCCCUCAGGGCCUCCCUCCCGAAUGCAAGAAAUGAGAGCUGAAAUUUGAGAGAACCAAAGAGAUUUUCUUGCACGUGUUCUGAUUAAUUAGCGUGUACAUAUUGCCAAAUUCUUUUGUUCUUUCUGUAAAUUGAGCUACAAGUUAAUAUGAAAUACAAAUCGUUACUCUAUCAA